UUGUCACUCAGCUUCUGCAAACAUCAGUGACUCUGCUGGGACAGGAAAGGUCUGUGCUGGCCCAAAUGGCAGGCGUCUCCUAUGUGGCAUCUUUCUUUCUGUUUCUGACUAAGCUCAGCGCUGGCCAGAGACAAGUAACAGUUCAGAAAGGACCGCUGUUCAGAGCUGAGGGUUACCCUGUCAGCAUUGGCUGCAACGUAACUGGCCACCAGGGACCCUCUGAGCAGCAUUUCCAGUGGUCUAUUUACCUGCCAGCAGCCCCGACCCGGGAAGUCCAGAUCAUCAGCACCAAGGAUGACACCUUCACCUACGCGUUGUAUGCACAGCGGGUGCGAAACAGGGAAAUCUACGUGGAGAGGGUCCGGGGCAACUCGGUCCUGUUGCACAUCUCAAAGCUUCAAAUGAAGGAUGCUGGUCAGUAUGAGUGCCACACGCCAAACACCGAUGAGAAAUACUACGGAAACUACAGUGGAAAGACCAGUCUGAUUGUUAUUCCAGAUACCCUCUCUGCCACCAUGAGUUCACAGACUCUCAGUAAGGAGGAAGGUGAGCCAUUAGAGCUCACCUGCCAGGCAUCCAAAGCCACGGCCCAACACACUCACCUCUCUGUCGCCUGGUACCUGAUGCAACAUGGAGGAAGAAGCCAACCCACCGAGAUUAUUUCUCUCUCCAAAGAUUUUAUGCUGCUCCCUGGGCCCUUGUAUGCAGAGAGGUUUACAGCUGGCGAUGUGCGACUCAGCAAGCUUGGGGCCAUGACCUUCAGGCUGUCCAUAGGGAGUCUCCAGCCCUCAGAUGAAGGCCAGCUGUUCUGUGAGGCAACAGAAUGGAUUCAGGAUCCAGAUGAAACCUGGAUGCUCAUCACGAAAAAGCAGACCGAUCAAACCACAUUGAGGGUUCAGCCAGCAGUGAGAGAUUUUCAAGUCAACAUCACAGCUGACAGCUCAUUUGCUGAAGGGAAACCCUUAGAACUGUUCUGCCUGGUGGUGGGAAGUGGCCGGAACCCACAGCUUCAGGGUGUUUGGUUCUUCAAUGGGAGUGAAAUUGCCCACAUUGAUGCUGACGGAGUCCUGGACCUGAAGGACAACUACAAAGACAGAGCCAGUCAAGGGCAGCUCUGGGUUUCAAAGUUAGGCCCCAAGGCUUUCUCUCUCAAGAUCUUUUCUGUGGGCCUGGAGGAUGAAGGCACCUACAGAUGUGCCGUGGCAGAGGUGGCGAGAACUCAGACGGGCUCCUGGCAAGUGCUGCAGAGAAAGCAGUCUCCAGACAGCCACGUGCAGCUGAGGAAGCCAGCAGCAAGAAGUGUGGUUAUGUCUACCCAGAACAAGCAGCAAGCUGUGUGGGAAGGAGAGGUGCUCACUCUGGUCUGCAAGGUGGGUGGCACUGAAAGUCCCCUAUCUGUGAGCUGGUGGCACAUCCCACAGGACCGGACACCCCCAGAGUUUGUGGCUGCCAUGGGGCAGGAUGGCAUUGCACAGCUGGGUGCCUCCCAUAGCAGACCCAGUUACCAUGGCAACACCAGGCUGGAGAAAGUGGACUGGGCCACCUUCCAACUGGAGAUCACCUCCACCACCCUCGCAGACAGUGGCGCGUACGAGUGCCGAGUGUCUGAGAGGACCGGCGACCAGGCCAGGGGUCUGAGCUGGACUCAGAAGAUUUCAGUUACUAUAAAAUCCCUGGAGUCCAGUUUACAAGUUAGUCUGAUGAGCCGUCAACCGAAAGUGACAUUAGCCCAGGCCUUUGACCUGUCCUGUGUGGUAAGGGCCAGCUACUCUGACCUCAAGCUGCCACUCGCUGUGACGUGGCAGUUCCAGCCAGCUGGGGCCCAGGUCUUUCAUCAGUUUAUUCACAUCACCCAUAAUGGCACUAUUGAAUGGGGGGAUUCCCUACCCCAGUUCCCAAAGAAGACGAAGAUUUCACAGUCUUCAUUUCGUUCUCAACUCCUCAUCCAUGAUGCCACCCAGGAAGAGACAGGAGUGUAUCAGUGUAAAGUGGAAGUUUAUGGCAAAGAUUCCCUACGUACCAACGUCCCUGCCAGGGCCUCAGCCAUCUCUCACCCAUUGAAGAUAGUCAUCAGUUUACCAGAGAGCAAGCUAGAAGUGAACUCAAGCAGUCAAGUUCGAGAAGCAUCCAUCAGCUCCAACAUUGACAUAGAAUGUAGCAUCCUGUCCCGGUCCGUGGGAAACCUUCGGUUAGCCAUUAUUUGGUAUUUUUCCCCCAUUUCCAUGAGUGCUUCCCGGCUGAAGAUCCUGGAAAUGGACCAAACCAACGUUGUAAAGUAUGGGGAUGAAUUUCACACUCCACGGAGGAAACAAAAAUUUCACACGGAGAAAGUUUCCCAGGACUUGUUUCAGCUGCACGUUCUGAACGUGGAGGACAGCGACCAGGGCACAUAUCACUGUGCGGUGGAGGAGUGGCUGCUGUCCACAAACGGCACUUGGCUCAAGCUGGGCGGAAAGACGUCAGGACUGACAGAACUGAAACUCACGCCCACAGGAAGUAAGGUACAUGUGUCAAAAGUGUACUGGACAGGAAAUGUCACUGAGCACAGAGAGGUCAGCAUCCCCUGCAGCCUGGAGGGUCCAGGCAGCCCCGCCUCCCUGUACUCCGUGAUGUGGUACUGGAACGGAGGAGAGUCUGGACGUGAGCUGCUGGUGCACCUGCAGCACGAUGGUCUGCUGGAAUAUGGCGCCGAGGGGCGCAGGAGGCGCCUGCACUGUCACCGGGCAUCCGCUACAGACUUUGUCCUGCAGCUGCACCAGGUGAGGAUGGAGGAUGCCGGACUGUACUGGUGCAGGGUGGCAGAGUGGCAGCUCCAUGGACACCCAGGCAAGUGGGUCAACCAAGCGUCAGAUGAGUCGCAGCAGAUGGCGCUCACCGUGCUGCCUUCAGAGCCCUCGCUUCCCUCCAGGAUCUGCUCCUCGGCACCUUCCGUCUACUUCCUGCUCAUCUGCCCCUUGGUCCUGCUCGCUCUUCUGCUCCUGUCCCUUCUCGGCCUUCGCUGGCAGGCCCGGAAGCUGUCAGCACUGCGGUCACAGCUCCUGGAGAGAAGCAUCCCCCUCACACAGCCUCUGGGGACUUAAAUGAGCUCCCACAGCAACACCUCAGGAGAGGCCUUCCUCCCCUCCUCUGUCACCGGCUGGAGAUAAUCUUUCUUCUCUAGAUAAGAGGUGUAGGAAAGGGCCUGAUGCCAGCAAGGCAAAAGGAAUUGGAAACAUACUCUGUGUACCUAAACCUGCCUCCCCGACAGAAGGUAACUCCCUUCUAGGUGGAAACUCCAUUCUCCCCCACCUCCCAGCGGCAGCUCUGCA